UAAGGGGCGGAGCCUGACCGCCCAUUCUGACCCCGACCUUACUGCACCUCGACCCCCAAAACACAUGGCGCGGCACGUGUUCCUCACCGGGCCUCCAGGGGUUGGCAAGACAACCUUGAUCCAGAAAGCCAGUGAGGUCCUGCAGUCCUCAGGCGUGCCUGUUGAUGGAUUUUACACACAGGAAGUCAGGCAGGGUGGGAGGAGAAUAGGAUUUGAUGUGGUCACCGUGUCCGGCGCUCGGGGGCCUUUGUCCAGAGUUGGGUCACAGCCUCCACCUGGAAAGCCCGAAUGCCGAGUGGGGCAGUAUGUGGUGGACCUAGCAUCUUUUGAGCAGUUGGCACUACCCGUCCUAAGAAACGCCGGUCCCAGCCGCAGCCCUGGGCACAGCGUGUGUGUCAUUGAUGAGAUUGGGAAGAUGGAGCUGUUCAGCCAACCUUUCAUUCAGGCGGUCCGCCAGACGCUGUCCACACCAGGCACUGUUGUCCUUGGCACCAUCCCAGUUCCCAAAGGGAAGCCCCUGGCCCUCGUGGAGGAGAUCAGGAACAGGCAUGACGUGAAGGUGUUCAGUGUCACUAAGGAGAACAGAAACAGCCUCUUGCCGGAUAUCGUGACCUGCGUGCAGAGCAGCAGGACCUGAAGUGGCAGGGGACCAGGUCCAGGUCUGCCUGCUGGUCAUUCCCUGCCCAGGUUUGCUACCUCCCUGUCGAUGGGCCUUGUACCCUCUGUCCAAGAGGGCUGGACAGCUGCUUUCCAUAACCUGCUCCUGAGAUCAGAUUAGCCUGGCGCCUGCUGGGCCAUGCACAGACACAGUCCGCUGUCUGACGUGUGCUCAGGGGUUCUGUCUAUUUCCUGUUGCGGCUGUGCAUGUGAUUUGAGUAAAUUCUAAAUGAAUGUGUCAAGGAUUAGUGGAAUUUUCUCCCACCAGGGUUUAUGGAUGUGUGUGGGGCUGGGGAGAGGAGUUCCCUUCUUCACUGGCUUACGUGCUGUAGGUAUUAAAUACCUCUCCAGGUGCAGCUCCAGGCUCGUGCAGCUGAAGCAGCGACAGCAACUUAAUUCUCUUCAAUAAUUUCCAAAGAAAAACCUAUUAGUUCCCCUCUUCAUCUCUGUUUAUUCCUUUGUUUACUGCCUAAUAAAAAUAAAAAUAAAUCUGGUGGUUGAGACA